CGGCAUACCCUUUUUUGCGUGGUCCCCCUGGCUGCACACGAGUCCCAACACAGUAACCCCUCCUCACGUGUGUGUGCGUGCUAUGCACCUUUUUUCACAUCAGAAGGUGUGCACGGGGCGCGUCGAUCAACGGGUCGCUCGAUUCGGGGUUGAGCUCAUCCCAUGAGAAAGCUGGUCAAUGGGUAAACAUCCAGUCGAUCCGGGUGUAGGGAAGCAAGCGCACGCAAUGCAGAGUUGGUAAUGGGCCCCCCAUUGAAACCUUGCUGACCUAGAGAUAUAAAACCAUCCACGUUCGCCCUUUCGAGCUGGAGACUUGCCCAUAGGAGUAUCUCGACACACAUUCAGAAAACACCAAAAACACACCCUUCCAAAGGGGUUUUCGAAGUUUCCUUGAUCUGGUUGAAAAAAAAAAAAAAAGGGAUCGCAACUGAUUUUCCACCCGCUUCAUUGAUCCCACCCCUACAAGAGAGGAAUUUAAUAAAGUCACAAACCACCACCAAAACAAACAUGCCUGGCCUUCCGUACUCAGUGCCCUCCAACUACGUGAUCCGCCUGAUCGAGACGGACCCGGUGUCCGCCAGCCUCGGCCACCCAGAGCACCCGGUGCAGCCACACCCGUCGCAGCCGUCGCACUUCCAGUUCCCGCGCACCUCGCUGCACCAGGCGACGCUGCAGUCGCACUUCAAGGGGCCCCACGCCCCCGGCAGCGUGGCCGCGCCCAAGUCGGACACCGCGUUCGCCCCGGCCACGGACAUCCGCGAGACGCUGCGCGCGUACCACAUUGAGAUCGAGACGCCCGGCGUCACGGAGGAGAACAAGAGCGACCUGGUGAUCACGUGGAUGAGCCCGCACACCCUGCUCGUCCAGGGCGUGGCCACCCGGCCCAAGAACAUCGGCCUGCUGGACCAGGAGGAAGGAAAGCGCGUGUGGGAGGGCGAGGGCGAGGGAUGGGCCACCGAGGCAGGCCACGGCAAGCCUCAACAAGAAGAGACUGACGGCGGGCCCCUGCAGCGCGAGAAGUCGCACGAGACGAUGGAGGAGGAGGCGCUGGCGGACUCGACGCCGACGAUCCUGCUGUCCGAGCGGCGCGUGGGCGCCUGGCGCCGCACCUUCACCCUGCCCGAGGACGUCGAGAUGAAGGAGCUCAAGGCCCGGCUCGAGGGCGGCCUGCUGCGCAUCGACCUGCCCAAGCGCAGCCUCGAGGACAUGGCGGCGCUCAAGGGCGCGGGCGUGCGGAUCGAGAUCGAGUAGUCUGAACUGACUCGCCAAAGGAGUUUUCUCGCGCGAUGAAACCCGUGCGGAGCGAGGAGGUGUUUGGAGGGAUGGGGCAAGAGGAAGAGGAGGAGGGGGUGUGUUUGAUGGUGGUGGUUAUGGUUCUCAAUGUUCAUUCUUCAUCUCUCAUUUGAUCGGGAAAGAGGCUUGGGUUGGGAUCCAAAUACCACACCGACCACAUCCUGCUCUUCCUGCUCCUGCUCCUCCUCCGCAACAAAACCAUUUCAAAGACACCUCCAAACUCUUACCGACCCGGAGAAGACAAGAGAAAAAGACAAGGAGAAGGAGGGAAAGCACGCAUGUUGCGGAUCCGUUUUUUGCGAAAAGGGAGUCCAUUGUUGGGGGGGUUUUGCAUUGUGUGCAUUGUUUAAAUUGGAGGAAUUCGGAACCCGGUUUUGCAUUGGGAUAUAAAAAAAAACGCCUCGUAAUUAAUUCCACCCCCUACCCCCCCAAGUCUUUCGGUCCUUUUGUAGCUCCAGACGGCGACGAAUGGAGUAGAUAAAAAUAACCAUCAUAAUGAAAAAUCGUCACUUGUACGGAGUACGGAGUACAGUACAUUGUUGAUCCUUGUCAUGCG